AUGGAUGCUGAUAUUUUUGAGAGUUGGUUGGAGAAGGAUCUUUUACCACGAUUGCAAGAGCCAUUAAUGAUCGUCUUAGAUAAUGCCAAUUACCAUAGUCGACAAAUAAAUAAAUGGGCAACGCAAUCCUGGAAAAAAGAUGAAUUGGUAGAAUGGCUGAGAAGUAAAGGCAUCUUAUUUCCACUGAAUAGCUGUAAAACAACUUUAUUAGACAUUAUUAAAGCUCUUCCCAAACCUCCAAGACAUUAUACUGUUGAUCAGCUAAUUAACAAAGCUGGUCAUGAAGUACUUCGUUUGCCUCCCUGUCACUGUCACUUUAAUGCCAUUGAAAUGGUAUGGAGUCAAAAGAAACGGUUUUAUGAUCAGCACAUAUUGGCAAAUAAAAAUGUUGUAAAAGAUUGGGAAACAGCUUUAAAUAAUGUAAUUAGGGAUCAGUGGAAAAAUUAUGUUCGCCACAUCCAUAAGGUAAUUAUGGAAAGCUAUAAAAAGGAAAAGGUUGUCUUAUCAAGUACAACCUUUAGUAAUAAACGUAGAUGA